AGUACUAGAAGGAAAAAAGAAAAAAAAAAACAAACAAACGGAUUUACUCUUGUAUAAACAAUACCUGCUCCAACUCACCUGGACUCUCUGGCCUCUACCAAGAAAAAUGAAAUGCCCCUACUGCUCGGCGGCGCAACCGCGGAGCGCCACCACACUCUCCGGCCGAUUAAUCAGCGAGUGCACAUCAUGCGGCCGAGUCGUAGAAGAGCGCCAAACUCAAUCUCAUCAUCUCUUCCAUCUCCGCGCCCAAGACUACCCACUCAAUCUCGUCACUUCUGACCUUCCAAACGUCACCACCACUCCCCAGAACGACGUCGUCGAAGAAGACCCGUUCGAACAAACCGGCUUCAUCACUUCUUUCUCCACCUGGUCACUCGAACCCUACCCGAUUUUCACGCAGUCUACCACGUCUUUUUCGGGUCAUUUAGCUGAGCUGGAGCGGGUGCUCGAAGCGACGUCGUCUUCGAAUUCGAGCUUGUCGUCUGGGCCUUCUGUUGUGGUUGAUAAUUUAAGGGCGUAUUUGCAGAUAAUCGAUGUGGCUUCGAUAUUGAGAUUGGAUAGUGAUAUAUCGGAACACGCGUUUCAGUUGUUUAGGGAUUGUUCUUCGGCUACUUGUUUGCGGAAUCGCAGUGUCGAAGCUCUCGCUACUGCUGCUCUUGUUCAGGCCAUUCGCGAGGCGCAAGAACCUAGAACACUUCAGGAAAUCUCCAUUGCGGCUAAGCUACCUCAAAAGGAGAUUGGGAAAUAUAUCAAAAUACUGGGAGAAGCUCUACAACUAAGUCAGCCUAUUAACAGCAAUUCCAUAUCAGUCCAUAUGCCAAGGUUUUGUACACUCCUUCAACUCAACAAAUCUGCUCAGGAGCUGGCAACUCACAUUGGUGAAGUGGUGAUUAAUAAAUGUUUCUGCACUCGCCGGAAUCCUAUUAGCAUUUCAGCAGCUGCUAUAUAUUUGGCAUGCCAACUGGAAGACAAGCGCAAGACCCAGGCUGAGAUAUGUAAGGUGACAGGACUCACAGAAGUUACUCUGCGUAAAGUAUAUAAGGAGCUUCUGGAAAAUUGGGAUGAUCUUCUUCCCUCUAAUUAUACUCCUGCCGUCCCUCCAGAAAAAGCAUUUCCUACGGCUACAAUUUCCUCAGGUCGUACAACUCCUAGAUCUGAAUAUGUGGAAGGGAGCUCUUUGGACAAGGACAAGCAGCCUAAUGUUAAGCCAAUUGAUAUCUCGGAGGCAUUUCUUCAUAUCAGUGGCAAAGAGGACAUUGAAAGUAAAGAUAAUGCAUAUGGGAGUUACAGCCCUUCAUUGCAGCAGACACCAGCUUUCUGGAAGCUUCAAGUUCCAUCUGGGACUUGCCGAAAACCUGCCGAAGAGAAGAAUGAAAUUUUGACUCACGAGAUGGAUUGUGAUAAACCGUCCAAGUUGGAAAACUUAGAGAAAAAGGUAGUGUCUUCAUGGCAAAGCCAGUUUUCUUCAAACCCAGCAGUAAAUGCCAGUUCCAUGACCUUCCCAGUUCGGUCACCUGUACCAGCAGGGAAUACUCCGUCUCAGAGAGUUUUACAAAUUCCAAAGUUUAAUCCAGGUAUUUCAGAACUUGGAAUUUUAAAUGGAAAUGAAAUUAAAAAGGUCCACCAGAAUGGUAAUCCUUAAGACCAGUAUAUGCUUGUGUAGUAGAUGUUAGAUGUAUGCAUAAUUAAAUCAUCUGAACUUUACUUUUGGUUUAAACCAAGGCAUCGACUUUCGCUAAUAUUAUGCUCAUGAGUGGAAAAUGGGAUUCUUGCUGUAUUUGUACAGUGAUAGUCGUAGAUUAAUGUCAUGGAGAAUCAGUUAUUUGCUCUGUAUUUUAUUUUUCUUAUAUAGCAAGCACCCGUUUUUGUGCUUGGCUUUUCUGGCUA